AAAGCUACAAGCACUGAAGCACCUCUGUUCUCACACCACCCACCUACCAGUACACCAUAUGCUUGCUAGGUAUAAGGAAAAUCCCCAAAUCUUGUCUUAUCUUAGUUCGGUGGACACCACAACCCAACCCAGAAGAUCAACGGCAGUUUAGCUCUUCUUCGUCGGUCCUCUGCGCAGGUGACCACCGGAGCGAGGCGGCCAAGGGAAGUGGGCUGCGCAGCAGCAGCCUGCAAGCGUGGGCGCGCAGCGCGUGGCCGUGCAGGCGUGCAGGUGUGCCGGCCGGACAAACCAGUAGGCAGGAGCCAAGGAAGAGCUGCUACCAGCUUGCUCGUUGCCCCAACUUGACUCAUUGCCUGCCACAUUGCUUCUUGCGGCAUGAGGCUUGCUUGCAUCCAGCGCCAACUCUGAAUCCUUAGUUUCUUUGGGUAAACCAUUUCCCUGAAGCCCGUUGGAUUGAGCUUCUAGACAAGCCUGCUGCCCUGCAGCUUGUCUGGUCCUGUUAUGGAGACAAGGGCUAAAGGAUCCAAGCACCAAUCCACCAGUCGUGUAGACGCUGCAGCUUCGGAAGAUCCGCUCUUCGUGGAGGUUGAAGCCGACGUUUGGGAAAGCGAGCAAGGUACCUUGGUGUGCUGAAGUCAUAUGUGCGUAAUAGAGCUCAUCCGAAGGGAUCAAUGGCUGAAGCAUAUUUGGCAGAUAAGUGCAUGGUUUUUUGUUCACGAUAUCUUGAUGGUUUUGAGACUAAGCAUAACCGUCCUUCGAGGAAUGAUGAUACACAUGAGCUAGAUAGUUAUCCUAUUGUGAAACAAGGAUCAUCAAUAUUUUCUCAUGUUGGAAAACCACUUGGAAAGCCUAGCAACUAUGUUAUAAGGGGUAUGGCUAAAGUACAAGCACAUCGAUAUGUGUUGUUCAAUUGUUCAGAUGUUAAUAAGUACUUGCGAGCUCAUGCUGAUCAGAUUGCAAGUACGUAUCCUCGACGUGGUGUCAAUCCAAAAACUAUUGAGCGUGUACAAAAUGAGAAAUUCCAUGAAUGGUUUAGAGCACAUAUAAUGGAUCUGGAGCGGAAGAAUGGCUUGCACAUUGUCAACGAAGAUGUUAGAUGGCUAGCCCGUGGUCCACUUGAUGCAGCCAAACGAUAUCGUGCUUUUAACACUCGUGGUUUCAGAUUUAGGCCUAAACGCUUGGAUGGAGUGACACAAAAUAGUGGGGUUGUGCUAACUGCAAAAAAAUCUAGCUACACUAAAGCAAGUGACGCUAAUCCAAUUUUAGGUGAUGUUACAUAUUAUGGGAGGAUAAUAGAUAUUAUUGAGCUGAACUACUCUGGAAAAUUUUCAGUGGUCUUAUUUAAAUGUGAAUGGGUGGAUGUUAUUUCUGGAAAAGGAAUUAAAAAGGACAAAUAUGAUUAUACACUUGUCAACUUCUCACAUCUUAUACAUACAGGAGAAAAAAUUGAGCAUGAGCCUUUUAUUCUUCCUAACCAAGCUGAUCAAGUGUUUUAUGUGGAUGACCCAAUGAACCCAGGGUGGUCUGUAGUAAGGAAAAUGAAACCCAUGGACAUAUAUGAUACUGGCAAAGAGGAAUGGAUAGAUGAGAUGGAAGCUGAGCCUUUUCAUGUUUCACACCUCGGGGAGUUAUUCGAUCAAUCAAACAAUCAACACUGGGUUAGAGCUGAUGUUGAAGGAACAAUGGUUGAUGCUAAUAAUGGACUUGGCACUGAGGUACUUUGGUACUUUGUUAGCUCCAUUCAAGGAAAUUAAAACCGCGUUGUCAUGCACAUGCUCCUACAGGUAUGGAAAGGAAUAAACAAUACAAGAUGCUGGAAGAGAAUGGUAAAAACUUAAUAGUUAUCCAAGUCAGUAGAGAACAAAUGAAGUUUUCACAUGUGGCAAGGCCUACGUCAAGCAGUCUAUUGGUUACCUAGUUGUAGCUGUGAUUUUGCAAGGCUUGUACUGUUGCAAUGCCUCAUGUUAUUCCCCCUUUACCUGUAGGCUGUAGCUUUGUUCUAGUUCUAUUUAAGUCUUUUGGACUGUGCAUUCCUAGACUGUGAACAUGGACUUUGAGAAAUGAGCAAUUAUAUUGUCUGAUGGUAAAUUUA